AUGCAGGGGUCGAGUGCAAGAGCAGGUUCAAGCCUGAUGGAGAAGGUAGACGCCAAGAAAAGGAAUUUUGGUGAAGGAAGAUGGAUUAUNGAUGCAGGGGUCGAGUGCAAGAGCAGGUUCAAGCCUGAUGGAGAAGGUGGGUGGGGUAGCCACAAGGUUGGAAAUGAAGGUGGGUCGAUGAUCAUGGGGAAGAUGUGGGUGGUUAGGGGANGUGGGUGGGGUAGCCACAAGGUUGGAAAUGAAGGUGGGUCGAUGAUCAUGGGGAAGAUGUGGGUGGUUAGGGGAGGCAAUGACUGA